UGCUCCACAUUCCAGCAUGGGUGAAUCAAUUAUCGCGGAGUCAAAGUGGAACGGUAUCAUAGCUAAGUUUUGCACUGGCAAGAUGGUCUAUGUGAACGUAGCCGCGGGCCUGUCACUGUUACUCCUCGUUAUUGGCCUCUCCGUAGGACUGAACGUUAGUACUUUUAAAGGAAGCGACACCCUGGACUCGGUGCCACUCAUCGACGGACACAAUGACUUACCUUUCAAUUUAUACUCUAAAUUGAACAAUAAGCUAGCCGGUUUCGAUUUAAAAAAGGAUCUCAGUAACGACAGUAUAUGGGGAAAAGUCGCUUGUAAAUCGUGUUUCACGGAUCUUCCGCGAUUAAGGAAAGGAAAAGUCGGAGCACAAUUCUGGGCAGCGUACGUUCGUUGCGACUCCCAGUACAAAGACGCGGUGCAAUUGACGUUGCGGCAAAUCGAUGUCAUCAAAAGACUGGUCGCGAGAUACCCAAAUGAUCUGGAGUUCGUCACCGAAGCUGAUAACAUCGAAACGGCUUGGAGAAAUGGAAAGAUCGCCUCCAUGAUAGGUGUUGAGGGCGGUCACUCCAUUGAUUCAAGUCUGGCGGUACUCAGACUCUAUUACGAACUUGGUGUUCGUUAUCUUACGUUGACCCAUUCUUGCAACACACCAUGGGCUGAUGCAUCGCCGAUAAAUGAAAAUUCUGUCCACAACCUUACAGAUUUUGGGGUAGUAGUUGUCCAUGAGAUGAAUCGACUCGGAAUGUUGGUCGAUCUGGCACACGUGUCCCAUAACGUCAUGAGAAAAGUACUUGCAGUAACGAAGGCUCCAAUUAUAUUUUCUCAUUCGUCGGCUUUCAGCAUUUGCAAUAACUAUCGCAAUGUUCCUGAUGACGUGCUUCAUUCAGUCAAAGAAAACAACGGAAUCGUGAUGGUGAACUUUUACUCGCACUUCGUGAAUUGCAACUCGUCGAGGAACGCAACGAUACAAGACGUCAUUGAUCACAUUAACUACAUUCGCAAUCUUAUCGGACCAGAUCACGUUGGUAUUGGCGCCGACUAUGAUGGCAUAAGUCAAGUGCCUGAAGGUUUAGAAGACGUUUCUAAAUACCCAGAUCUAUUCGAUCGUCUGUACGAAAGUAACGUGGAACCUGGAUGGACCAGGGAGGACCUUGAGAAACUCGCUGGAAGGAACUUAAUUCGUGUAUUUAAAGCUGUGGAAGCGGUACGAGAUUCAUUGGCAACAGAAUUACCAAGAGAGGACGUGAUAAGUGGUUUGGAUUUAUACAACGCAGAAGUAAGUGCGGGAAUGAAACCAGGCUCGUGUCAGACUGCAAAAGAGUGA